GGCCCGGGGGUGGCCAUGGCCCCGGGCCACCUCUCAGUGCGGGAGAUGAGGGAGGAUGAGAAGCCCCUGGUGCUGGAGAUGCUGAAGGCCGGUGUGAAGGACACAGAAAACCGUGUGGCGCUGCACGCCCUGACGCGCCCGCCCGCCCUGCUCCUCCUGGCCGCGGUCAGCAGCGGCCUGCGCUUCGUGCUGGCCUCCUUCGCGCUGGCUCUCCUGCUGCCUGUCUUCCUGGCCGUGGCCGCGGUGAAGCUGGGCCUCAGGGCCCGGUGGGGCUCGCUACCUCCGCCCGGAGGCCUCGGGGGGCCAUGGGUGGCCGUGCGCGGCUCUGGGGACGUGUGCGGAGUCCUGGCCUUGGAGCCAGGCACCAAUGCGGGGGAUGGGGCGCGGGUCACCCGCCUCUCCGUGUCCCGCUGGCACCGCCGGCGCGGGGUGGGCAGGAGGCUGCUGGCCUUUGCGGAGGCGCGGGCGCGGGCCUGGGCAGGGGGCAUGGGCGAGCCGCGGGCCCGCUUGGUGGUCCCCGUGGCCGUGGCAGCCUUGGGGGUGGCGGGGAUGCUGGAGGGCUGCGGGUACCAGGCCGAGGAGGGCUGGGGGUGCAUGGGCUACGUGCUGGUGCGUGAAUUCAGCAAAGACCUGUGA